AGAAAUCGGCAGUACUAGUCAUGGUUACACAGUUAAGAGUCUUCUAUCUUGUUCCACUUCUUCUAGCCAGCUAUGUGCAGACAACCCCCAGGCCGGAAAAGAUGAAGAUGGACUGCUACAAAGACGUGAAAGGCACCAUCUACGACUACGAGGCUCUGUCUCUUAAUGGGAAGGAACACAUUCCAUUCAAGCAGUAUGCAGGAAAGCACGUCCUCUUUGUCAACGUGGCAACCUACUGCGGGCUGACAAUCCAGUACCCUGAGCUGAAUGCACUCCAGGAAGAUCUGAAGCCACUUGGCUUGGUUAUAUUGGGCUUUCCCUGCAACCAAUUUGGAAAGCAAGAACCAGGAGACAAUUUAGAGAUUCUUCCUGGGCUCAAGUAUGUUCGUCCAGGAAAAGGAUUUUUACCUAACUUCCAGCUUUUUGCAAAAGGGGAUGUAAAUGGUGAAAACGAGCAGAAAAUCUUCACCUUCUUGAAGCGCUCUUGUCCUCACCCCUCAGAGACUGUGGUCAUGAGCAAACAUACCUUCUGGGAGCCAAUAAAAGUCCAUGACAUCCGCUGGAACUUUGAGAAGUUCCUGGUGGGACCGGAUGGCGUCCCUGUCAUGCGCUGGUUCCACCAGGCUCCUGUCAGCACUGUCAAGUCUGACAUCAUGGCGUACCUGAGCCAUUUCAAAACCAUAUAGGAAGGCCAAGCUUCUGACCUCUUCCUCCUUCUCUCUUAAAGACUGCUCUGAAAAAAAGACGCCAUCUUCUCAGCACACUCUUCACUGAAAUGGACUCUACCUCCCCAAGUCACCCCUAGAUUGCCUAAGUUCUUCCCCUGCACAAGUAGUUUUGUGUCUGGGAAGCUGUAGCUGUUUUUCCUUGUUAGAUUUAUGAGUUGAAGAGAGAAAAUAAAAUAAAAAAGGAAAAACUGAAUCCAGAGACCUCAGUUACAGGUUUGGCUGGGUAUGUUAGUACUCACCUAUAAUGUCAGCACUCAGCAGACAUUACGGACAUUUCAGGCAGAGACAGGAGGAACAUGAAUGGCAGGCCAGCCUAAGCUACAAGAGAUCGUGUGUCCAAAAAAAAAAAAAAAAAAAAUCCAUCAACAACAACACAACCCGAUUGAACUACUCUAAUUCAUCAAAGGAUAUGGGGAUAGCUUGGCUGGAGACUGUAUCUGAAGGAAGAGUCCCCUUGGCCAUUCUGAGUCUUUCUCUUCCCAGCCUGAAGGUAGAGAAAGAGCAAUGGAGGCUGGUCAGACAAUCUAGGUUGCUCCUCUGAAACUGUGUGUCUCCUGAGACAAAUGCCUUGUCAGUUCCUGAGGUCUUUUAAUUCAGUCUUCAUCUCUGUCUCCAUCCUCUCUGCCUUUCUCCUGUGGCCAAUCUGAGGGAGAGUCUGAGCAGAUUGACUCACACAGGAAGAGGGCAUCUCUCUGCUGCCAGGAUCCGGGACUUGUCCCUGAUUCUGCAAAAGUGUUCCUUUCUGUGUGAUCUUCACUGGUUCAGCUAGUGCUUAUGAGUGGGGAUGCAGAAUAGGACCCCCCCACACACACAUACACACCCCAACCUGGGAUUCUUCAACUUCAGAACUAGACAUAUUAUUUCCAAUAAAAUGUUUUCUGAA